AACUUUUAUUAUUUAUUUUAAUUGAUUUUGUUGUUGUUGAAAUGUGCCCAGCAUUGCAAGGCUGUGGGAAUCAGUAACCAAGGACUUUUUUCAAAUUUUUGUAGAGUGCAAAAACUUUGAUAUUAAUUGGGCUAUUUUAAUUUAAUUUCUUAUGUUGUCGUUGAAAACACAGCAUUCCAAGACUGCACAUUGUCAGUUUUUUUGGAAGACUCUGCUAUAGUUGUUGAUUUUUAAAAAUGUGUGUUGAAUAAAUGGCUUGGCUAUUUAAACAACACAUUACGUAGUCAUAUUUUCAAAUCUCCAGUCAGCUUUUAGCACUGACUUAAUGUAGGGCCCUAUGCAAUCUGAAUUAUAGCUUUAUAUAUUUAAAUUAUCAAUUCCGUGAUUCUGUUCUCACAGAAACUAUAGGGCCCUACCUUAACGCCUGGGCUCCGGGUCCCCCAGUUCCCAUCAAAAGAUACGUGUCUCCGAGGCUAACAACUUUGCUGGGGGAAACCCCGUAGGCCUACAGGCUGAAAAAACUAGAAGUUGUUAUUGCUGAUCUGUUCACUGACUGACUCAUCCAAAUGAAAUAUAUUGAUAGCUCUGUUUUAUCUAAUUUGUUUGCAGUUUCGUUUUGCUCUGUCGGCCACACGGUUCCAACUCGUUAAGUUUCGUUUCUGCGGACAGGCAGGCUGUGUGGGUGCACUUGCUUUAAAUACCCGAGCUCGAUCUACUCCUAUUGCAGCUCCGUAUCGUGAGAAACAGAGAGACGCCGCCCGUGUGGACUGUCCGGGAAGGGAAACGGAACCGCAGUCCCCGGGAUUUCCUCUGAGCUACAAAUAUAACCCGUCUGUUGUUGAUAUAUCCGUAUUCGACCCGGACAUUUUCUUGUUUGGAUAAAUUCGAUCACAUCAAUCUUUGAUCAUGGUUAAUAUGAAGUUAUCUUUACGAUGCCAGAUUGGACUCGAGUUCUUUGAGUUUCUGAAGGAGACUGAUCGAGCAUCCAUCACAGACAGAAUUGAAUUAAGAGACAUUUACAACACUGAGUUUAGGAGCAGAAAUGCAGUUACCAAAGAUCCUAACUUCGGUUCAGUCCUUUAUGCCCUGAAAGUGUCCAACAAAAUAACAAGACGAAGAGACAAAAUUCGCUUCAACUCCACGGUAACAGCUCUUUUUCUGGACCAGUGGCAUUCACACAGGAGCUGUCUCCAGAGUGGAGCGGCCAGUCCCGGGACAGCGCAGACCUUCACCUCCGGAGAUGAAGCAGAGACGGGAGUUCGAGCCCGGAGGAAACUGGCCAGUCUUCUGAUGAAGAGACUGAACACAGACAGGGCUCAGUUCAUCUCUGACAAACAUGGUAUCAGCAUCACCUCCGACCGUCCGUUUGAGAACGGGAAACUUUGCUUGCGAGUGGAAGAGUGUGAGUGCGUGGUAAAUCUGAAAGUGGAAAACACCUCAACAGAGCCUGUGUAUUUCACCUACUACACCCCACUGCACUGGCUCAGGUACUUCACUCUGAUAGAUGAGCACAAAGUGACCAAGACAAACCCUUUGUAUCUACAACCAGGUGACAGCUAUGAAAUCCAGGUUCACUUCUGCUGCAGUUUGGUUGGUUUCUAUCCAGCUACACUGGCCUUUGAAUUCAAACCAGACCUGGAGACCUCCUCCACUGCGUUCCACAUUGUGCGCUUCAUUGAGGCUCAGUGUAUAACUGCCUUAGGACUGGAGCUGGCACCUAUAGCGCCCUACAAACCUCGCUCCCUCCCUGCCUGGACCCCUGAAGUUGAUUACACGAUUGUGGAUGGACAGCGACCUGAAGGGCUGUCAGUGCUGCAGCUAAAAAAUGUGGUCGAGCUAAAACAGUAUCGAAUACCAGCAUAUAUGAACCAGCUCAUCAAGUCACUGAAGCAGUUUACUUUCUUCUCCGAUACAAGAAGAGCCUUGCUGGAAAGUCCCCUGAGCUGGGAGAACUACUCCGAGAAGUUUCAGCUGCUGCUGUAUCUGGAGGAGCAACAGAUGGAGGUGGACAUCAAGAGAUACAACAUCCCCAACAAUGACAGAGAACAGGCCGUCAUGCUCAGAGACAAAGUCAACAACAAACUUCUCGUUCUGGAGGUACCUGGUGUGUCUGAGAAUCGCCCGUCUGUGCUACGAGGGGAUGCGCUGCUGGCGUACCCUGCAGGAGAAACAGGGGUGAAGUACCGCGGCUACGUCCACAGUGUGCAGCUGGACAGAGUCAAACUCGGCUUCGGCUCAGAAUUGCUGGAUCGCUUUGUAGAUAACAUGAAGUUCAAUAUUGAGUUCACUGUCAACCGCCUGACUAUACGCGUUCAGCACAGAGCAGCAGAGCUGGCAGCCACAUACAGACUGGGAGAGGUGUUGUUCCCUGCUGCACCCGCCUUCCCCUCUCAGCAAACUGAGCUUCCCAAACUCAGGCUGUUGGACUCAAAGCUGGAGAAAAACCCAGAGCAAUAUCAGGCUGUACAACACAUUGUAGCUGGCUCAUCCAAACCUGCCCCCUACCUGGUGUUUGGCCCACCUGGAACAGGCAAAACUGUGACUCUGGUGGAGGCCAUCAAGCAGAUAGAGAAGACCCAGGCCUUCUGCCACAUUUUGGCCUGCGCUCCAUCCAACAGUGCUGCUGAUCUGCUCUGCAGGAAGAUUCUGGACCACGUGGAUGAGCAUAAAGUGUACCGCAUGUACGCCAGCAGCCGGGACCCAAAAUAUGUCCCUGAACAAUUAAAGGCAUGCUCUAACCUGGUAGGGGAGUGUUACGUUUUUCCAGCUAAAGAGAAGCUGAUGGAGUAUAGGAUCAUGGUCACCACCCUGUUAACCGCUGGAAGGCUGGUCACAGGAAACAUCCCUGCGGGUCAUUUCACUCACGUGUUUGUGGACGAGGCAGGACACGCCGUGGAGACAGAAUGUUUAGUCCCACUGGCAGGGCUGCUCCAGGCAGAGUCUGGUCAGGUUAUUCUGGCUGGAGACCCCAAGCAGCUCGGACCCAUUCUCAGAUCCCCUUUUGCGCUGAAAUACGGCAUGGGAGUGUCCCUCUUGGAGCGCAUGAUGAAUGAUUUCUCUCUGUACCAGAAGGACGAGGGCGUGUUCGACAAUCGCUUUGUCACCAAACUGCUGCACAACUACAGGUCCCAUCCCGCCAUUCUGAAGAUUCCCAACGAGCUCUUCUAUGACGGAGAGCUGCAGGUUAGCGCGGAUGAAAUUUUACGCAACUCCUACUGCAGAUGGGAAUACCUCCCGAAGAAGGACUUCCCGGUGAUCUUCCAUGGCGUGACCGGUAUUGACGACCGCGAGGCCAGCAGUCCUUCAUUCUUCAACAUAACAGAGGUGGAGGUGCUGAUGGAUUACGUGAAGAAACUGUUGCAAACACAUGGCAAGAAGGGCCUGUCCACCAUCUCACCCAGAGACAUAGGCAUCAUCGCCCCCUACAGGAAACAGGUGCAGAAAAUCCGUAAGGCCCUGAAUACAGUUGAGAAAGACCUUAAAUUUAAGGACAUGAACGCCCUCAAGGUUGGUUCGGUGGAGGAGUUCCAAGGUCAGGAGAGAAAAGUGAUCAUGGUGUCUACAGUUCGGAGCAGCCCCAGUUACGUAGAGAUAGACAAACAGUUCAACCUCGGCUUUGUCAAGAAUGAGAAGAGGUUCAACGUGGCUGUGACUCGAGCUAAAGCCCUGCUGAUUGUGGUGGGAAACCCCAGAGUGCUGAACACAGAUCCUACCUGGGCCCGGUUCAUCCAGUACUGUCGAGAUGAAGGAGGCUACACUGGUUUUGUCCAGGCAGAGGAAGACGAGGACGUGGUGAUGAGACUCUCUGCCCUCUACAUCAACAUUGAGGCUCAAGUGGAAACCGCAGAGAGUGUCGUUCAGCAGCAACUGGACCCUGAGUGGAGGAACGACCUGUGAGGGGAACGGAGACGCCAAUCGUCCAUCCUGAGCACUUAAAUUAAUUUCAGUCAGUUACAUCUCUUCACCAGAUGCUUGAAUCAACAUGUUAAUAACAAGGUUUCUUAAUUUCUACUCAAAUUCACCAAAAAGGGCUUAAUGGCACCUUUUCACAUUAAAGGUACGCCACACAGCCAGUAUUCACAAGACAAAAACAUUCCAAAAUAUCUCUGUAAUGUCAGCUAUAUGAACUUGACCAAAGACCAAAGGACGGGGAGCAGAAUUAUGUUUAGAGCAGACUGACUGUCUUCGGCUACCUCAGUGGACUGCACUAACACCACUUUCAAACAGUUUCAAUUGAAACAGCUGCAAACACUUAUUUUACCCAGUAAAAUUAAAAGCAAAUGCUUUGGAGACUUGAAUCUUGAAUUUUAAAUUAAUUUAUAUUGUUCUUUUAAAAUGAAUUUUACCAACCAAAAAUGUGAGUUUCAGGUUUCUUAUUUAAUUGACAGUUUUCUACUUUGCUCAAUCAUCACUGCUCUUUUAGAAUCAAGUAGUUUUAGGACGAUUUGUCAAUUCAUUGAACCAACUGUACGGCAGGGAUUCGCCCAUGUGUGAAGUGUCCAAUCUAUUUUUAAAUCACUAUUAUUCAUUACAGAAAUUUUUAUUGAUAUUAACCAAAUUAAAUAUGUUUAUGGUCUAUUUUGAACUGUCUUAAAAAAUGAAAGUGCACUGUCCAAACUUGUAUUAUAUCAUCCAAACCAAAGUUGGAAAUAGUUUGGAUAAUUUGUUUGGUUUUAUUUGAUUUGUGGGCUUGGGAUUUACUGUUGAAUGGCAAAAUAAUAGUUAGUUUUUCAUGCCAUAUGGAAAUCUAUGUAAUAUAAUUGCUGACUCACUGGAAAAAUAUAAAUCCAAGACACCAUUGUAUACUUUUAAAAUGACAGUCAUUGCAUGUGAUUUGUAUAAUUAAUAGUCAUUUUGCUAAUGGGAAAGUUAUACAAACCACAGAAUGUAAAUGCAUUUAUAAAAAAAAUUAAAGGCAUUUGCAAGA